CUUGUUUCGAUACGCUUGAAAAUAAGUUUAAAAAAUAGGUAGUUACGCCACGUCACCGAAGAUAGGAAAAAUUCUCGGGAAAAUUUAGAACGAAUUAGAGCGCCCAGAUAAGUAUAUUUGCUGUAUUAAAUCAUCGCGUCGAAACGGUAAUAAUUCAUGAUUAUUUUUUAUACAUUUCCAGGCUACGUCUGUUACGGAUCGUUUAGUACGACGAGAAGCGUCUUGGAUCCCUUAAGCGAGGUGUUCAAGAUCAGCUCGUCGAUAGACUACGUGAACUGGAUCAACAAGGAGAACUUUGAAGUUCCAUCUUCCCUUCAAGAAGACAAUGACGUAACCAAAAAGCACCCCACAGACCCCGCACUGCGUUUCGUCAACAGCAUCGAGAAAAGAACGAAGAGAAUAACGCGAACAAUCCCUCUGGAGUGCGACCACUGCCAUCGCAAAUUCCUGAAGAAGAGUAACUUAGCCGAGCACCUGAAGAAACACAGACACAAGUGCCCCGACUGCCCCAGGACUUUCAGGCUACGUCGAUACCUGACCACCCACUUCGAGAAGAUCCAUCGACUCCAGGUGUACGACUGCAGCGUGUGCGACUACAAGAGCAACAACAAGGGCACCCUGAAGAACCACUACAUAAGACUCCACACCAACAACUACAAUUUCUCAUGCGACGUGUGCGGAAAGCAGUUCAAGAUCAAGAAGGCUCUGAACCAUCACGUCAAACAAAACCACAGCGACGCGCCGCCGAUCGUCUGCGACGUUUGCGGCCACUUCAGCAAGAAUCUUCACGCCCUGAAGGCUCACAUGAAGUACAGGCACUACAAGCCGGAGUUUAUCUGCAGAAUCUGCAGACGGGGUAUGACCACGCAGGAGAACUUGGAGCAACACUUGACGUGGCACGAGACCAGGGAGAAGGUGCUAUGUCCGACAUGCGGGAAGAGGUUUCGAGGACGCGAUCUCGACUCCCAUAUGCGGGUUCACACGGGGGUCAAGCCCUUCCCGUGCCCGGUCUGCGGCAAGUCGUUCAGAAGGCAGACUGCUCAGGAGCAACACGUUCUCAUACACACGGGAAAGAGGCCGUACGUCUGCGACAUAUGUGGACAGGCGUUCGCGCAGAAGCCAGGAUUGAUUUGUCAUAGGAAACGGCACCCUGGACCACUCCCGCCCCUACCUGUUGUGUCCAUCAAGAACAUCGUCACGGAGUUCACUAAGGAGUACACUAUGAAGAAUACGAUCAUUAAAAUGGAGUGAACUAGAGGAGUUUAUGGAUCGGAGAUAGGGGCGAACUCUGACGAGGGACUAUUUGGGAGACCGAAAAGUAAUGUCAUUUCUUUUACAUUAAGUUCAAACGAAUACAUUCUUAACAAGUUUCUAUUUUUUAUGAAUUAUGUAAUCCCCCUCGUCAUCAACGGCCUUUUGUCAUAUAGCCUGCAAAUUUUCAAUGGCAGGACGAUAAAAAUCAAUGAUGAGUGAUGAACGAGUAUUGAGAUUCGCAAAAACGACAUUACUUUAUAGUCCACCUAAUAUUUGGGAUAUGAUCACGCGCUGUGGUAGUUUUGACGAAACUGGUCAGGGUUGUAGAACAGACAAAAAUAAGAGACAUUUGUUCUUUUUUUAGCUGUUGUAAUCUGAAGUAAAGUUGCCUUUUGACGGGUAUUGUAACUCAGGUCGGAGGAUUGAAACUACCCCUAAAGUUUUAGUCGUCUGAUGAUAUGUUGAAGACUACUGGAAGACUACUUUUUUAUACAAGUACUAUACGUAAACGUGACUUCGUUGACAAUUCAAGCAACAAAGAGUUCUCCAGAAGGGACUCUAGGAUUUUAUUUUUUUAAUCAAAAGCAGAUGACAUGCAACAUACUCGAUUCACUUAUUCUAAAUUAAUGUACACAUGAUUACAAUUAAAUGUGAAUGAUGGCGUCGUUUAUCCACUGCACCGAUAAAAAACAAAAUUUUAAUUUUCUAAUUUUGAUAAUACGGAAAUUGAUAAAACCUCAAUUGUUUUUUUUCUCUGAUAGCUUGUCCCUCUCAGUGUGAUGGACAGUUGCGAAUGGAUUUUUUUAAUAAUUUUGUACUCCUUUUAGCGCCAUUGAUAGGAGACCAUACCAAUAACGCAUACGCAAAUUUUUCUAGUACUUUAAGAUUUUCAAUGAUACCCCUGUACUUUUCUUUUUAUUGUUAACGCCGCAAUUUUUACCAUUUCAAAUGUUGUUUAUAAGUGUUGUUUGUACCUUUUACUGUAUCACGAAAUUUUCAAUAAAAUUAUACAUCAUAAGAAUUAUGAUUAAAAAUAACGUGUACCUAAUUGGAUUUCAUAAGUUAUGAAAAAUAACGAACGAUGAGCUAAAAUCCACUCCAAACAGUCGAUACAAGUAUUCGAUAAUACUGCUACCGUAUUUCUCUCAAUAAUUACGUAAUUCUUCAUAGUUCGCCAAUAUUAACAAUUCCAUCACUCCCGAUAGUCAGAGCUUCUCUGUUCGUUACGAAUGAAUUUAUAAAUGACCGUGAACUAUCCGUCUACUAUAAAUAAUUCAAUUUCCCGCCGACGGAUCCCCUGAACGAUCCUCUGAAAGACACGAACAGCCUGGACGAGUUCUGUCAUAUCAAAAUAGAGAACUCUUACUCCCUAACGGAGUACCCAACGUCGCCAGGAAAGCCACG